ACGGUGCCCGGCCAAACAAAAACGCGUGUGUCACGUGUUACACGUGACCGCGACACACACGUGAGGAGUCUGUUGAUCGCAGGGUUAAAAGUGCGAACGGGAACAUUUCAUGACCCACACACACCGCGUCUCCCUUCCCUUCCCUUGUUCCUCAACCACCACCACUACCACUAUCACCACCGUCCACAAUGCCUCGAAAGGCUGCUGUUCCCGCCGACGCUGCUCCUGCUGAGCCACGACGCUCUGCACGCAUCAAACAUCUACCCAAACCUGAAGUUCCCGUACCGAAGAAAGCCCCCGUGAAGCCUAGAGGCAAGAAGGCCAAAGCCGCCGCCGCACUAGCAGAAGGUGAAGCUGAAAAGAAAGUUGAGGAGAAGGAGAAGCCCAAGUCUACUAAAGGACGGAAGAGAACUGCUGCUGAGAAGGACGCGGAGGAUCUGGCUCAGGCUCCUCCCAAUGGUGCCGCUGCUCCCGCUAGUGUUGAUGAGAAGGAAGAGGAGGAGGAGGAUGAAGGUGAUAAGCCUCCUCCGGCUAAGAAGGUGAAGUGGCUUUUUCGUUUGUGUUGUGUUGAGUACUUAUAUAUACGUGUUUUGAAGGCUAAGCCUGCGAGCAAGGCUGCUGCAACUGCUGCUAAACCCGCAUCCAAGGUUGCUGCCGAGAAAGAGAAACCUGCGUCCAAGGCUGCUGCUGCUGCUGCUGAGAAACCCGCGUCGUCGAAGCCUGCAUCCAAGGCCGCUGCCGCCGGUGAGAAACCUGCGAGCAAGGCUGCCGCUGAGAAACCUACGAGCAAAGCUGCUGCUGAGAAACCUGCGUCCAAGGCUACCGCUGAGAAACCCGUGAGCAAGGUCGCUGCCGCUGAGAAACCUGCAUCCAAAGCUGCUGCUGAGAAACCUGCGUCCAAGGUCUCGCGUGCGGGAUCGGCGAAGCCGACUUCGCGCGCUGCUUCUGCUAAACCUGCUAGUAAGGCUUCGGUGAAGCCUGUGUCGUCUGCUGGGACGGGGACGGGGAAGAAGCCUUCGUCGAGAGCUGGUUCGAAGAAACCUGUGUCCAAGGUUGGAGCGGAUAAGGAUAAGAAUGGGGAGGAGGCUGCCGCUGUACAGGAAACUAUCGAUGAAGAACCUGAGGCUGAGGCGGCUGCGGAAGCUGCUGAGGAACCGUCGGAGGCUUGAUUAUCUGGUCGUUUGUAGACGUGAUAAUAACGACAUGGGAACUGAACGCAUACCUUCUGUUCCCCUCACUCCCGCCGAACUCCUUGAUUUUAUAACGACUCGUUGUACUCGUACUUACACUAUUCUCCAGUUCCCUCUCUCUCUCAUAUUCCGCGCUUUUACUUUCCGACUUGCUAUCGUUCUAGUAUAUCUGUUCUAUGCCCUCCACCCUUUACCCUCCCUUUUUACUCUCUUCAAUUGCCUGUCCUAUCUCUCUAUCUCUGGUGGUUCUGAGUCUGCCCUAUCAUCAUCUGCUGCUGCACAUGGAACUCUUCCAUCCGUCCGUUCGUUCUUUGGGCUUAAAUCGAUUGUCAAAACAUGUAUGUACAUUGUACUUACUACUUACGCUUGCGCUACCCCUCUACCUCUUACCUCUAAUCCUCUCCCUACCCCCACUCCCCUCCCCUCCCCCAUUUACCCUCCUUUCGUCAUCAGCGCAACCUCCGACAUUUUCCGUUCAUACCCCCCGGGCCCUGGUUCAUGGGUUUUGUUUUUGUCUUUUGUAGUUCGUACGUGUGUUUUCGUUCAAGUUGUACAUCGUACACUGGGUUUGUGUACAUAUACAUACAGUACAUGUAGUGUACAUACAUAUAUCGGUAGCUCUUCUAGACGUAUGGAUUUAACAUGGCGGUCUCUCUCCAAUGUCCGUGCAUUUCAUCGUGUGUAGAUGGUCUACAGGCUGUAUGUGCAUAUAUAAGUAUGGGGGGAUUGGCAAGUCUUCCCUAGGCCUGCAAAUGUUACGACAGGAAGUAAUGGUUCAUGGAGAGAUUUCUGCCAUUAUUCGCAAGGGUAGCACUAUGUAUGUUGUUUACAGAGUCAGAUAUUAAAA